AUGCAUAAAAUUUCACGCUUUUUCUCGAUAUUAUUUUUCGUUUUUCUUGUCCAACUUGUCAAGCCAAAUCGAAAUGAAACUCCUGUUGAUCAAGUGUUGAAAACGACUCCAGCUAAGGGAUCCUUCACUAGCUUCUUCUACUGGUGGUUCUAUUUUUCGUCUCCAGAACGGCGUAGAUUACGCGAUGCUCAGCAAAGACUGGAAGAACUUUUGCAUCCUCAAGAUGAACUUGAGAAGCGACAAAGUGUGAUCUUGGAAAAGUUGAUGGAAGAACAUAAACGAUUUAAGGAAGAAGCAGAACGAGAGGCUGAGAGGGAGAGAUUGGCUUAUGAGUAUCAAAGUGAGUUUUUUGAUGUUUUAGAAAUUUUAGGUAAUAACAUAAAUUUUUUGUCAAAAUAUUAGGUUGAAGGCUAAAUUCUCUAGCUUUUAAAGUACUUAUAAAGUAUUUUUAAACUUUUGGCAUAAAAAAGAGCUUCAGCCAGAAAGUGAUAUUUACUGUAGAGACAUAAUAUGUUAUUGUUGGUUUAUAAGGACAAUAUUUCUCGGCGAUAAAUGCAAAUUUGUUUUAGAAGGUCAAGGGAAGAAAGAAUAUUAA